UAUUCCGUCUAGCCGUCACGUUGGACCGAGAAGAAAGGCUAAAUAUUGCCAAGGGCAUAUGACAGCUAGUUCGCAUUUAUUCCAUCUUGGCUCGGCGGGCGGCCGAACUGAUGGCUCAGGUUUUGCUUGUUAGCCCGGCGACUCGGGAUUCGGUAUACAUAUAAGAGCAGUCUUGUCGAAAGCUUUGCAGACCAUCUUCUUUGCGGCAUCGGCAUUGGCAUCGCUUCAUCAUGAUCGCAAGGCGACUUGUUUCCCUGCUUAGCCUCAUGGCUCUGGCGGCGGCGGCCCCAGUCACGGAGAGCACCAUCUCUGGCCCCGGCGACGGAACGCCCUUCUUCUACAAGGGUCACGACCUGAGCUCCCUGAAGUUGCUCGAGGAUUCGCAGAACGUCUUCGUCGAUACGGCACGGGGCAACCAGGAGCGGCCUGCCGACGACAUCCUCGCUGACGGCGGCAUGAACGCCGUCCGCCUCCGCCUGUGGGUCGACCCGCCCGACGGCAUCUACGGCCUCAACUACACCAUCAGCCUCGCCAAACGGUUCCAGACCAAGGGUCAGCACAUCUUCCUCGACCUCCACUUCGCCGACAGCUGGGCGGACCCGCAGAAGCAGCCGGCGCCCUCUGCCUGGCCGACGGAGCUGGAGCCGCUAGCGGGCAAGCUGCGCGAGUACGUCCGCGAGACGCUCGUCGCGUUCAAGGACGCUGGCGUGACGCUGGAUAUUGUGUCGCUCGGCAAUGAGAUCCGCCACGGCAUGCUCUGGCCUCUGGGCCGCGUCUCAGUCGACGUGCAGCCGUGGCCAGCCACGGUGGCGAACUUCUCCAACCUCGCGACGCUGUACAAAGCGGCGCGGGCGGGUGUCUCUGACGCCACCUGCGCCGGCGUGCCCAAGCCCCAGGUUAUGCUCCACCUCGACAACGGUUGGAACCUGACGCUGCAGGAGAGGUGGUACGGCGCGCUCGUCGAGAACGGCGUGCCCCCGUCGGCGUGGGACAGCUUCGGGCUCAGCUUCUACCCGUUUUACGGCACCGAGGCGACGUUUGAGAACCUCCGUGCUGUCCUGCGCGCCAUGGCGGACAAGUACGGCAAGCCCAUGCAGGUCGUCGAAACGGACUACCCGGCCGUGUGCGACGGACGCUGGAAUCCGAUUCCCGAGUCGUCUGAGCCGGGCAUACCGUACAGCGUCGCGGGCCAGGUCGAGUGGAUGGCCCAGGUCCUCCGCAUCGUCAGGGAGGCCCCGAGGGGGCUGGGACGCGGGGUCUGGUACUGGGAGCCCGCGUGGCUCGAAAACACGUCGUUGGGCAGCGCCUGCAAUGACGCCAUCCUGUUCGAGGCGGAUUACAGCGGCUGGCCGAGGACGGUGGGGUACUCGCGCGAAUCUGUGAAUGUAUUCCUGGAUUAAGUACGUUGGUAGAUCCCUGAGGAACGUCCGAGAGGAACCAUGAAAGAGUGGUUGGAAAUAUAUAAAAUUGUCUUCCUCGCCGGAAGCGGUUGAAGCGACGUCACCCAAAUUAUACAUGAGCAGGGCCACGGUCUUUGAGAACCAUGAACAGCUUAUGAGGGUUGUUGACGAGAGAGGACACGACAACUUUGAAUUGGAUAGAAAAAAUCAACAGCAUAAUGGAAUUGAAGCCACCAAUCACGUCAUAUUCGCCUGUCA